GGUAGAGUCCGACACGAAGCAUCAUGGCGAUAGACGGAGGGGGCAGGAACUGUGGUGUCCAUGAGCUCAUCUGCGCCAGACGAGUCUCUCCUGAGCUUCUGGGUGUCCUGUCUUCCAUUGCAGCCUUCAUGGCGUUGAUGGCUCUGUUUUUUCUUUACCUCAGCGACAAGCUGUCAGCGGGGAGUCCUGACGACCUGUCACAUCUCAGUGGCUACAACAGCAGCCAGCCAGAGGGAGUUUUAUCGGACAGCGAGGACGACAGAGGCCUGGAGGCCGCGGCCCAGCAGAGCUCCACCUCCGCGUGGAGCGGCGACCGCAAACAGUCGACCGGGCAGGGAGCAGACGGCAGCGAGGCCUCCGGCGAGCAGGCCGACAGCAUCCAGAGGGUGAAGGAGGACUCCUCCCCGCGGGAGCUGCAGCCCCCGCCGUACCAGGACGAGACGGGCCCGGCGGCCUGCGUGUCCCCCCGGCCCCGGUCGGAGCGAGGGGGCCGGGGGCCGCCGUCCCCGCAGCACUGCGACAGCCCGCGCGGCUCCAGUGGGGCCAGCGUGGACCAGGACACCGAGAGCUACCUCAACAAGGCCUGCGAGGAGGACAUACCCAGCGACAGCACCGCCGUCCUGGGGCCGGAGGACGGCGCCGCCGGUCUUCGCUUCCCCAGCGCCUACGAGCCGGAGCCCCUCGCCAAAUACGGAACGCUGGACGUGGCCUUCGAGUACGACUCCGGCGAGCAGUGGCUGGCCGUGACGGUGACGGCGGCGACGGACAUCCCGGCGCUCAAGCAGACGGGCAACAUCGCGUGGCAGGUCCACCUGGUCCUGCUGCCCACCAAGAAGCAGCGGGCCAAGACCGGCGUGCAGAGGGGCCCGUGUCCCGUCUUCACGGAGACGUUCAAGUUCUCCCGGGUGGAGCAGGAGGCCCUGGGCGACUACGCCGUCCGCUUCCGCCUGUACAGCGUCAGGCGCAUGAAGAAGGAGAAGGUGCUGGGGGAGAAGGUGUUCUACCUGACCAAGCUCAACCUCCAGGGCAAGAUCGCCCUCCCCGUCACCCUGGAGCCCGGCUCCGAACUCACGGGCUGCGGCUCGGUGGUGAGCGUGUCCCGCAGCGCCGGCGCUCUGUCCCGCCGCUCCACCGAGGACUCGUCCCUGCCCGAGAUCCUCCUGGGCCUCGUCUACAACGCUGCCACGGGGCGGCUGUCCGCCGAGGUCAUCCAGGGCAGCCACUUCAAGACCACGGCGUCCGACAAGCCCGUCAAUGGUCUCUUUUGUUGUAUAAAGCACUUCGUAGGAGGGCAGCUUUAUAUCAUGAGAGACACCUACGUGAAGCUGACCAUGCUGGACUCCAAGGGGAAGGAGAUGUCCAAGUGCAAGACGGCCGUGUGCCGCGGCCAGCCCAGCCCCACCUACAAGGAGACCUUCGUGUUCCAGGUGGCGCUCUUCCAGCUGUCCGAGGUGUCGCUGGUGCUGUCGGUGUUCUGCCGCCGCAGCAGCAUGAAGCCCCGCGAGCGGCUGGGCUGGGUGUCACUGGGCCUCAACAGCACCGGCGAGGAGCAGCAGACCCACUGGGCGGAGAUGAAGGACGCCGAGGGCCAGCAGGUCUGCCACUGGCACACGCUCAGCGACACAUAGGGCGACGGCGACCCGCGUCGACAGCGUUCAGAGACGGGGUCAUGGGGUCGUGUGUCCCCCACCCCCCCCCACCACCCCCCCACCAUCGUCACUGCCAGAGGCUGCACCCUUUAAUCUGCCACUUCUCUCCUGGGGGCAGACUUUUACAAGCUGGGCUAUGGGUGUGUGAACUCCGUCUCCAGCAUCUUUGACGACAGAAGCAGACACUGGCAGAGUGAAAACGACCCUGCGGCCACUCGAGAGCAGGAGGCCAACGUCGCUUCUCCAGACGCUCUUCGGCUGAAUCUGCAUGUUACACCAACCGUUUACAGUCUGAAGACACUUUCAGACAUGCUAUUCUCUCUCUCUCUCUCUCUGACACUUUGGACCAAAGAGACCGACUCAAAGACUCCUCCUCCGGGCAUCUCUGGACGUCAGCUGCCUGCUGCCACCAGCAUACCAGACAUUCUCUCUCUCUCUCUCUCUCUCUCUCUCGGUCACAGCCACUGACGGAAGAGAACGCAAAGAAGAAGAAGAAGAAGACGAAGACUGUUAACUUCAAGGCCUUCGACAUGCUGCAGCCGCGCUCACGGGCUGCGCUUUCUCCUACACCACGUUUACAUUGCACAUGACAUUAUGCAAGAUCAUUUCAUGGUUUUUUUCCGGGGUCACCGGUCGAAAAAGGUCUACCGGCGCCUGGAGGGGCGGAGAGGUUUUUAUAGUUUAACCUGUUUAACUCUAUGCAUCUGACGCCGCCUGCAGACCGGAGCCCUCGCUCUGGCCUCGCGCUUCCCGUCGGACGCCGGCGCCGAGCGAGCCCCGCUUCACCGCUCAGCCUCGUCUGGCGACUCCGCCGCGCUCCACUCAUGUAGACACACGGUGCUUGACCGAGCUGAGGAGGAAUAUGCAAACCGCCCCGUCCGAUGAAGCCCGACCCGUUCCUCGCCCCACGGGGCAGCCGCAGCAACGUGCGCCGGAGUGGCAAAGUAAAAUGACAAAAGGCAAAAGGCAAAAGACAAAAGGUAGAUUUACAUUUUCUCGCCGAGGGGAUGGACGCAAUAGGAAAGUGACGACUUUGAUUCAAAUUAAAUUAAACUGCGGCGUCUUCGUCUGGACCAAAGCCAAUAACGAACUGUCCGCAUGAAUAAAGAAAAGCAGUGAGUCAGAACCCCCCCCCCCCCCAUAAAAAAAAGAAAGUUUGCACCACCACAACCGUCAGUAAAAAGAAAACCCUCUCCCACCCCUUCUCUUCUGCCGAAGUCCAGGGGUCUUUUUUUCUCUCUCUCUCUCUCUGCCCCAGACUUUAACCCUUCAUCCGGGCCUCAUCCCUCCUGGUUCCUCCUGCCGAUCCAAAAGUAUUCUACAGUUUGAAAAAAAUUCAUUAUGACAUUGUUUCACGGGAUCCGAUGAAAACCAGAUGUCUCGGAUCUUUUCCUGCCACAUACACAAUUGGCCCCUCGAUUAUCGACCCGGGGAAUAAGAAGCCACUGGACGGAGGGCUUCAAAAACAACAACAACAACAACAACAACAACAACAAAAAACAAGUUUCCCUCGUUGAAAACCCAUGAGAUGUCAUUUUCAUUUAGAUAGAUGAGAUGUAACGUGUUAAUAAUUGAGAUUUAAGAGAUUGCUGCUGCUGCUGCAGGGCAGAUUUUAUGAGCGUUUGGACAGAACCAGGAUAUGUUGGCUCACUUUGAGCUUCUCAUCUAAUAGACGGAUGUGCGAGCUGAGUGGCUGGAAUUAUUUUUUUUCCUUUUAACAUGUCGUGAGCAUUUCGAGGGAUGAUAUUUAUCUCUGACGAGAUAAAUAAAAUCUCUGGAGCAGCGAUAGAUGCCAUUAGAUAUUUGAAAUGCUCUCUGUAUGUGGGUCAUGAAAUAAAUUAUACCUAUUAACUAUGCGGAAGCUCUGUCCAGACAAUAACAUCCACCGAACAGCAGCUUCAAACCUCACAAGUUAACUCUUUCAGACAUUUGGUUUUUCUUUCCAUGUAUCCAGUGUGUGAGCAAACAAGAAAAAAUGUAUUUGGCAUCAUCACUGCCUGCACUUACUCAUCAUCAUCAUCAUCGUCAUCAGUGUGUAACUGAAUUCUCUUUGUCUUCCAACUGCUGAAUUUUACUUCGCAUUUCAGCCAAUUUUCCCCCUUUUUUUCAUUCCCGUUUAUAUAUUUAUACAUUAUAUUGUUGUUAACUGAAAAAUUAUGAAUUAUUCCUGGAUAUAUAUAUAUAUAAAGAUUGUAUGCAAAAUAAAAAAAGAUAAUUAUAUGCUGUGUGUUCUUGCUGAAUUACAUAACAGCGAAGAAAGAAAGAAGGAAACUUUCAGACAUGAACCGAAGUCCACAGAGGUGAGAUCGUAAAUGAUGACAUUUCGUAUAUUUUCUGGAGUGCAUGUCUGAAAAAAGCCUAGGAGUAAGUCACUUGAUAUAUCUGUCUUAUGUAUCACACUCAGCCAACAACCUUUAACGUAUAAUAAGUUCUUACUUUCAAAUUAAAGGCCCUGAAUCGAUAUUCUAAUUUCAACACAUUCCCAGA